AUCUCUCUCUCUUUCUAUUUAAAAACAAGAAUAGCCCACUUCUUUCUCCCAUGCACUUGUCUUGUUCACCUCCAACACUCCUUCCUUAGUGUUUUUUUAUUUCCUCUUCAUGGCCUCCUUAUCUCUCUGUCCAUAAUUAACUUGUCUCUUUCUCUCUUCUUCUCUUCUUUUUAAACUCCAUCUCCCACACUUAACCCUCAAUUCAUUUUCAACAUUCUAUUCUAUCUGACAACUCACUUAACAACAACUCUUAUCUCCCAUUUUUCUUUUUGUUCUUUCUUGAAUUUCAUUAUAUAUAAUGUCAAGCAGACGAUCACGUUCCAGAAUAAGCGAUGAUCAAAUCGCUGAUCUUGUUUCCAAGUUGCAACAACUUAUUCCUGAAAUUCGUAAUAGACGUUCUGACAAGGUUUCAGCUUCAAAAGUGCUUCAAGAAACUUGCAACUAUAUAAGAAAUUUACACAGAGAAGUGGAUGGAUUAAGUGAGAGAUUAUCACAACUUUUGGAAUCAACUGAUAGUGAUAGUGCUCAAGCUGCUAUUAUUAGAAGCUUACUUAUGUAGUAGCUAUUUAAUUAAAUAGCUCAACUUCAUUAAAAUUUCUAUUAUUAAAAAAAGAUGGAGCAUUUAUAUUAUUAAUUAGGGUUUUUUGGCCACUAUAGGUCAAAAUUAAUUUCUAUUUUUCUGUUUUCCAAUUUUGAAUAGUUCUUUUUUUUUCUUUUUUUACUUUGUGUUGUAUUGUUGUAUCCAUCUGUUUUAAGAGCUGAUGUUUCUUUGAUCUCAGCCUUUUUUAAGUAUAUAAGUAUUUUGAGAUGUUUUUAUCGUU